AUGGUUCUUAUUAACGGAGUCAAGUACGCUUGCGAGCGUUGCAUAAGAGGACAUAGGGUCACGACAUGUACCCAUACUGAUCAGCCGUUGACGAUGAUCAAGCCAAAGGGAAGGCCUGCUACACAAUGCCAGCAUUGUAGGGAGCAGAGAAAGAAUAAGAACUUGCACACGGUGUGUACUUGUGGGAAGAAGGGGAAGUCGCCAGGGAUGCAUCUUGCACUGUGCCAAUGCCUUAAGAAUUCGCAUUGCACCUGCUCGAGUAACGCAUCGAAGAAGAGUGACACCAAGAAGAAGCUACAGAAAAGCAUGUCAGAAUUGAGCAUACGGAAGGAACCAGAGACUGCGGGAGGGACGGUGGUGUUCAACGAACGUCCUAGUGGAAACAGUAUAGAUGCGGAAAGGCCGUUUGAGAUGGGAAAUGGGUUGUUUGACAUGUUUUCUCCAUCAUCGGAUAGCUAUUCGGCAGCACUGUUACCUGGUACAAAUAGUACUCUUAAUACCAGUGUUCCUGCUCCUGCCCCUAGAUCAAUAACGAAGGCGAGGUCGGUGGACUCGCAGUUCCCAGGCGAUUCGUCUAUAGACACCAACAUUACAGACACGAACACGAAUGCGACUAUGAGCGAAAAUACGAAUAAAUUGCCUCCUAACUCCGAUAUGGUGGAUAACAUGUUUCCUUUAUUUCCCUUGGUUGGUAAUUCUAGCUUCAGCAAUAGUAAGGACCAGCCUUUGUCGCCCAUACCUGACCAUGUCAAGGCCAAACUCGACCAGUCUCUGAAUUUAUCAGGAUCACUGGUUAAUGAUAAUAACGAUAAUAUCAAUGCCGCUUUGUCUCAUUACCAGCCGAUACGACCUAAGAGGCCAGAAAGUUCUCUUUCAAUUACGUCGAAUUCCUCAACUGCCAGCAGACCGAACCCCAAUAUGGAAAAUUUCAAUUACCUGAAUAUUCCAGCAUCAUCUGCAUAUCCGCCAAAUAGUUUCAACUUCUCUCCUGAUGGAGCCAACCAGAAUAAUGAUUUCACACCCAAUAGUUUGUUUGAUAGCCAGUAUGAACUGUUUAUAAAUUCAUUAGGUGAAGAAGAAAGAGGGGAAAUACCCCAAGCUAAUCCGGAGUCUGAUAGAAAGAGUAACCAGAAUCAGAAUCAGCUGAACUUGGACCUCGAACUUCAUCCAAUGUUUACAGAGCUAAUGCUACCUAUGAAAUAUAACAAUUCCAAACGUGACGAAUAA